AGUAUAAUUGAAAGUACGGGGGGUGGGGGGACCAAUCCAUUUUGAAUUCAUUUGAAGCUCCAAAAGGGCUCCAAACCUUCAACUUUUCCCUCCCAAACGAAAUUUCUUCUUCUCCUAAGUGUGUUUGGCCGAAAUAAGUGAAUUGAGAUUUGAAAAUUUUGAAAAGUGACGUCCAAUUACAAGCUGCCACGUCAUCACUUUGGUGACCAAUCGAAAUGAGUUCAAAUUUAAAUUUCCUAUUUUCUAAUUGUUCUUUCUAGUUUCAAUUUUGUUGGUUCUAUCACUAAAUAGUAAGCUAGUAAGUACCUACUAGUUUGGUAAUUAGAUUAGAGUUCGAUUAUUUUGUGUCUUCAAUUUUUGUGUGCUUUUCUCAUUUUUAAUUCGUAGUAAUUUGUUAGUUCAAGUCCGUGAAACAUUUUAUUUGAGUCAUAUCAAACAAAAAUCGAUUCCGAACCAAAGCAUAUUCACCACUCAGUUCAUUUGCCAAGUAUUGCCAAGCUUUCAACACUUGUAAAACCAAGCAUGAGGUAAGAAACGAGAGUGAGGGUGCUGAGGCUCUUUUUGAACUAACUUGUUUGUUCGUUUUGUAGGUUUGUUUCUUUCUUUUAGUUACCAUGGCUACCUAUAGUUUCAAUGCCAUGUUUGAUCGUAUCAAAGAUGAUUGAGAUAGCUUCAUUGAAGAUAUACGUCAAAUGCUUAGUGCACUAAAUCCCAAUUUUGAAAAAGUGAGUCCAAAGGGAAACCUUGACAUAUUCCCUUGUAAUGCGGAGCAUGAAGGCUGCCCUAAUGCAAAAUCAAGUGAAGAACACACUUCCCAUGAUCUACAAGAGAGUAUGUCUUUUAGAUGGGGCGAAACCUAUGGGGAAAAAGCGUGUUGUCUAGAUCCAUGUCUAAGUCCACUCUUUCCAUUUGACCCCGAUGCCAAAUGUGGAUAUGACGAUGCUGGCACACCCAACUUGUUGCUUGGUCUACAUGACAAGCAAGGUAUUAUUCUUGAAAACCCGAGGGCAAAUGUGUCAUUGUCGUCUUGGGAUAAUGCUUCUAAAU